AUCAAGCAAAGCAAGCAAGCACACACGGCCCAAACAAACCCUUAACAAAACCCUAAUCGCUUCAACACCUUUUACACUCACCGAUUCUUCCCCAAUUCACCAAAUUCCGAUCAAAAUCCUAACCCUAGCCAAUCUCCACCACAGCAAUGGCUUCCAGCACCCCAAAUCUCGAGUGCCGCAUGUACGAAUCCCGAUUCCCCGACGUCGAUAUGGCCGUAAUGAUUCAGGUCAAAAGCAUCGGCGAGAUGUGCGCCUACGUUUCGCUACUGGAGUACAACAACAUCGAAGGUAUGAUUCUGUUGUCUGAGCUCUCACGACGUCGUAUUAGGAGUAUCAAUAGCUUGAUUAAGGUAGGGCGUACGGAGCCUGUUAUGGUUCUUCAUGUUGAUGAAGAGAAAGGUUAUGUUAAUUUGAGUAAGCGGAGGGUAUCUGAAGAGGAUAUUCAGAUUUGUGAAGAUAGGUAUAACAAGAGUAAGCUUGUGCACUCGAUUAUGCGACAUGUGGCCGAAACUAUGCAGAUUGAUCUUGAGGAUCUAUACAUUCAUGUCGGUUGGCCUUUGUACCGGAAAUAUGGUCAUGCAUUUGAGGCUUUUAAGCUAGUUGUGAACGAUCCGGAUUCCAUUCUUAACUCACUCACUCGUGAAGUCAAAGAAAUCGGUCCCGAUGGAGUGGAGGUUACGAAAGUGGUUCCUGCUUUGACCGAAGAAGUCAAAGAUUCAUUAGUUAAGAACAUUAGAAGAAGGAUGACUCCACAGCCUUUAAAGAUCCGUGCAGAUAUUGAGAUGAAAUGCUUUCAGUUUGAUGGAGUUCUUCACAUUAAGGAGGCAAUGCGUAAGGCGGAAGCUGCUGGGAAUCAGGAUUGUCCUGUUAAAAUUAAGUUGGUUGCUCCUCCAUCUUAUGUUCUUAUCACUCAAACUCUCGAUAAGGAGCAAGGGAUUUCCGUUCUUACAAAAGCAAUUGCUGCUUGUACAGAAGAAAUAGAGCUCCACAAGGGUAAACUCACCGUAAAGGAGCCACCCAGAGCGGUGAGUGAGCGUGAGGAUAUAUUGCUUGCUGAACGGAUGGCGAAGUUAAGUCAAGCGAACGAAGAAGUUGAAGGAGACGAGGACAGUGAAGAGGAAGAAGAUACAGGAAUGGGAGACAUUGAUUUGGACAAACAGCCCCAUGAAGUCUAAACAACAAAAGAGAAACGAUAACUUUUUUUUGAGACAGGUUUGUUUUUCUUAUAUAAUUUGUUUACUAACUAGCAGUAAUUGAUUGUAAUUUUGUUUCUUGUCAAGUAGUUGAAUAGAAACCUGUGAUGACAUGCCAUGCCAUGUCAUAUUACAAAUGAUAACUACUUUGCUAUGUGAUCAACUAUUGUUUCCGGACCUCCUUCGUUAUUUCCUUUAUUUGAAUGCAACUGCUGAUGUGGCGACGGUUUUUGGAAAGAUUAUUACGCAUCAUGUUGUAACUUUCUAAUAACAAAUUCACUCAUUUCCUAUA